AUGCAGUCGGAUAACCUCCACCUGCUGCAGGGCGAAGCAGCAGCGCCGGUGGAAUCAUGGGAUGACGAUGGCGACCUCCAGUGCCUGGACGACACCAAUUUCCAAGCAGUCUCUACAACGACAUCAGUCACCGGAUCCGUCCGCCGGUCGGCCGGCGGCCACCGCGAUUCCGUGUCGUCGCGACUCUCUGUGCGCUCUGACAUUGAAUCAAACCCCGGCGACGAAGACUGGCAGGUGCUGCUGCGCGACAACGACGAGACCGCGACCGAAGAAGCCAUUGCCUCUGCUCGCAGCGCCGGCAUCCCUAUCCCAAACGGCGUGCCCAAAUCUGCGCUCACGGGCGGCGCCAUUAAGAAACUCCAAGCGAAGCAUGCCAGAAAAAGUACAAUCGAUGACUGGUCUGACGACUUGGAUUUCCCAAUGGAUGCGGAGCUGUCACUCAGACCUCAGGAACGACCGCUCUUUCCCGAAUCUCUCCAACAUGUCAACCCCCUGCUCAUGACGAGUCCAUCCAAACCCGCGGCCGCUAUCGAUCUAGACUCUUUUCGCGAAUCCGAUACCGCCAUACAGAUAGAAAGUCCCACUGAUGCCUUGGCAAGUCCUAAACAAACAAGCGAAAGGGACCAUGUGAAAGAGGUGCCAACGAUUAAAAUCGCCAAAUUGCGCCCGAAUGAGCUUCAGCCUUCUGCGGUUGCAGCUAAUAACGAUAUGGAUGAUUUUGAGCAAGAUUUCGAAUUUCCUGGCGAAAACUCCACUCUGAAACUUUCUGCGCCCAAGGAUAUCACACCAAACCCUCCAAACUUGAAUGAGGACGUUUGGGAUCUUGACUGGGCAGAAGGCAGUAUAGGUGUGCGCUUUGGCGGGACGAAGCGAGAUGGACGGUCUACUCAUAGUUCCUCUAUUUCCGCCUUCAGUCCCAGUGUCUCAAGCUGUCUUACGGCAGAAAGUGAUGAUAGUCUGGAGGGUUUGGUCCUACCUGAUGGCCCUGUAGACUUUUCGGAGGCUUUGAAGAAACGGCAAGAACCGUCCACGACCCCUGAUGUCAGCCCAAAAUCUCAACCCGUUUCGAAAAGAGUCAACGAGCACAAGGACUUUUUUGAUAAUUUGGACGUUGAUGACGGCAAUGUUUUUGCGUCGAUGAAGCCAGGCGUCAACCGAAACGUGAAGCGCAAAAUAGCCCACACGCCAACCCCUAGUCGUUCCGAGAAAACAAUUACAUUUACGAAUAAGACACCUUCAACAGUCACCCGAAUUCCACGGCUAUCUGGCCAUGAUCGCAGCCACUCUAAUCUUGAACCAGUCUCAGAAAGCGGCGCUCCUAUCGUUAAAUUCCGCCGACCGCAGUCUCGGCUCUCGGGACAUGCGAGUAGAUCGUCUGUCUCGAGCAUCCACGCAUCCCAUACCUCUCCGCCGGCCACGCCUUCGUCCCGAGCUCGAAGAUCUCUCGGUUCUAGGAUUUCGGGAGAAAAUACUCGUACUGACACAACAACUAGUGCACAGCUUUUGAAAGCCAAACGCUCAAUGCCUUCUAUCCGUGCUUAUGACCCAUCAACUUCCUCCACGCCUCUCCCGCGCCCAUCAUCUCGCCAGGAUGGUGCGACCUUUAUCCCCCAAUCUAUACGGCCAAAAACGCCAGUUGAUCGAGCUACAACCAGUUCCCGAUUGGCAAACCGUCCAUCCAACACGCCGUUUCUCCCUGCUGGUGCAUCUCCAGGCCAGUCACAACACGCAAGCGUCAAGUACACCCGUCAUUCUCGCCGUUCUGAUUCCGAAGAUUUUGCAAAUUCUCAGAAAUCAGCAACUCGUUUCGCUUAUCCUCCUCCAUCUCAACGUCACAAUUCAGAUACUACCAGUGAUUACACUAAUGUCACAGCAAAACGAACAGUUACUCGACCCGCACGUAGACGGAACUAUGGAGAUGGCUCUGAACUAGAGUCUUUUGAUGAUCUACCAACAUCUACAGUCGCCGAAAGUCGUUUUGUUAAGUCUCCAGUGGGCCACGGUGCACCGAGGUCGAUCCGAAGCCGCUUAACCCAUACCCCCCCUGCCCUUUUGCCGCGGGCAGAAACCUCGCCCUCGUCUACCGCCCAGCUCAGCUCGCCUCGGCCUAGUUCCUUCACGCCUCGAUUCGCCAGGGACACCAACGCAUCUAGAAAUGCCCGUGAACAAAGGAUCGCCUCUCUUUCGCUACCUAGUCGAGACCGGGGAAGCACGGCACUUGCGCCUCUUAGUACGAAUUGGAAGGGGCAGCAGCAUUCUCAAGAUGGCGAAAGCGUGUUGACGCUGAGAAGCAAAAAGGGUAAAUCAUCCAAGGCUCGGCCACAGUUGAUUCGACCAAUGGGGUCUGGCGUCAACGAAACCAAACAAAUCAAAGGGAUGCAAUAUAAUCCUGCUACCUACCGCUGGGAAGGAAACGAGAACACAGUAGCAGGAUUCGACGUGAUGACAAGACCCAAGUCUCCCAAAGCAGCACCAGCGCUUAUUGCCAGCAUGGGCACAACCAAGGAUACUCAGGUUGUAGGCAACAUGGUGUUUGAUCCGCAGCGGAUGUGCUGGAUGAAGCUCGCGUCGUCACCGGGCGGAGGCGAAGGCGGUGACAAGGGCACAGCAGCGGUGGUCUAUGACGAGUCCGAGGACGUCUUCGCGGGCCUCGAAGACCUCCAGGAUAAAUCCGACUCGACCCGACACAAGAGAGUUUUGUCAGGUACCGCGAAUGACAUGGAUGUCUCAGAUGACCAAAGUGGCGGUGACUCAUCCGAGGAAUGGCCAAUAACCGAGGAAUUCGACGUUGGACCUGAGUUUGUCAAACGUCAGCGUGCCGAAGAAGACAGAUGGAGACGCAAAGUUGCCAAAUGGGUUACAUCUGAGCGACAGCGGUUCGGAGAUGGUUGGCGCUGGUCGAUCCGGGACCUGAUUCCCAGUGAGAAUAAUGCGUCGGCGAGUUGA